UGCCGGAGUAAUUGUAUGAAGGAGAAGGAGUGUAAGGAAAUGACAGCCUGCAGCCCUGGUAAGGAGCAGAAAUGAUGCUGCUUAAGAAAGGGGCCGCUAAUGGUUUUCAGAGAGCAAUGGAGGCACACAUUGCACAUCAGUCACGCAUACUGUAAAUCCGCCUCACAGACCCCACAUCCACUUCAGAGACUGCACAUCUGCAUCACGAACCUCACAUCAAUGACACAGACUGCAUGUCUGCCUCAUAGGCUACACAUCUUACAGACCACACAUCGACCUCACAGACUGCACGUCCAUGACUCAGACUGUACAUCAUGUCGCAUAGAACACACACCCACCUCACUGACCACCCAUCAGUAAGACAGACAGCACAUUUGCUUUGCAGACUGCAUAUGCACGUCGCAGGCUUUACAUCAACUGCACAUCCACCUUACAGACCGCUUGUCCAUGGCUUUGAUGAAACAUGGCAGGCAAGAUUCCCAGAAAGCAAAAUGGCGGUGCAAGCAGACAUGUGCAUAGCAGCCUUUCCAUGUUCCAAUUUGGUGCUAAAUGUCUUAUGUCAUCAUCAGUGUUCCUCGACAGUAUCAUUGUCUGGAUGUGCCAGUAACAUGCACAUCUGUGUAUAUGACCAAAAAUUGCUUCUCCAUUAUCGCAAAUGGUGCAAAAACACACUGGACAUGGAGGUGCUUGAGAGCCUGCAAGAGCUCCGUUUACUACGCGGACCAGACCAGGAGGUAUGGGCAGUAUGGAGCAGUGUACCCUUAAGCAGUCUGACCAAACCCAGAAGCGCAGCAAGUGGGCAGGGACUCGCGCUCGGCUAAAAGCUAACGCAAGUAGACCCGCUGUUCCAUCCCUUCUACUGCCAAACGUCCACUCACUGGAGAGCAAGAUGGAUCACCUAAAGCUCCUGCAAACUACACAAAAGGAGGUGAAGGACUGCUGUGUUUUAAUUUUCACCAAAAUAUGGUUGCAUGACAUCCUUCCGGACUCAGCGGUGCAGCUCACUGGCUGCUCAUUGUUCCGUGCGGACAGGGACAAGGCAAAGUGCAGUAUGAAAAGGGCCGAUGAACUGCAUUUAUAUCAACAAUGAAUGGUGCAAGAACGCAAAGGUAAUUUCAUGUCAUUGCACCAUGAUGAUGGAGUUUAUAGCAGUGAAAUGUUGACCCUUCUAUCUCCCAAGGGAGUUCAGUUCGGUUGUUGUGUUUGCUAAGUACCUACCACUUAGCACUAAUGCUAAUCUGGCGCUAGUGGAACUAUAUGACCAAGAUAAGGAGACUGCUUGCAGACUGCUCAUCCUGAAGGGGUCUUCAUCAUCGCUGGCUGCUUUAAUCAUGUUAACCUUAAAUCAGUUCUACCUAGAUUCCACCAGCAUGUGAAGUUUGCUACGAGGGGUGAGAACUGCUUGGACUAGCUUUACACCAACCUUAUAGAUGCUUAUAAAGUGAUGGCCUGCCCCCUCUGAUGCAUCUCUGAUCACAUCUCUGUAAAACAUCCUAAACCAGUACACAUCAGAGUGUGGCCUGUGGGAGCAAUCUCCAGGACUGUUUCGAGUGCACAGACUGGUCAGUAUUUAAGGAGGCAGCCAGGGCAGGAGGGCUGUGUUGACGUGGAGGAGUACACAGCUGCUGUAACAGGCUAUAUCAGCAAAUUCGCUGAGGAAAUUACUGUGGAAGUAACCACAAUAGCCAACCAAAACCCCUGCAUGUCUACAGAGGUCUGGCAAAUAUCAAAAGCCAGAGACGUGGCCUUCAGAUCUGGAGAUAAAGCCAUCCCCAGAACUGUGCAAGCCAACCUGUCGAGGACAAUCAGAAGAGCAAAACGUGCAUAUGCCCUGAAUAUCCAAUGGUACUUUUAGGACUUCAGGGAUGCACGAAGGGCAUCCAGACCAUCACAGACUACAAACCAGCAGUCCCUGUCUGUGACAAAGACUCUUCUGUCCUUGACAUUCUAAAUGACUUUUGUCAUUCAUGCACGUUUUGAUGCACUCAACAGUGAGGCUCCAAGGAAGUCCACCCUUCCCCCUGAUGAGCAGAUAACCUGUCUGUUUAGAGCUGCAGUGAGAACACUACCCAGAAUUAACCCUUUAGUUUCGGGUCCUGUCAGCAUACUUGACCGGAUACUUAAAGAGGGUGCAGAUCAGCUGGCUGAUGUCCUCAAUGAUGUAUUCAGCACCUCCCUGAGUCAGGCAGUUGUCCCAACAUGCCUUAAGACCACCAAAAUCAUCAUCAGUAAUUGAUGUUCAACAUGCUCUUCGUUAAGCUGGUUAUAUUUAAAAUACGUGUACAGAAAGCUCUGCAUCGUAUAUUUUUGCACUAUUUAGUGUUUUUGUUCUUGUGCACAUUGUAUUGUAUCUUUUAUAUGUUGUUUUAUGUAGCAUCACAGUCUAGGGAGAAACGUUGUCUUAUCUCACUAUGUAUGUGUAAACCGCUGCUGAUGACAAUAAAUUACCUUGAACAUUGAACAUCAGUGACACAGAGCACACAUCCACCUCACAGACUGCAUGUCCAUGGCUUAGACUGCACAUUUGCCACAUAGACCACACUUUCGGCUUACAGAUUGCACAUAAAUGGCACAGUCCGUAUCCCAGCAACACAGACCACACAGCAAUGACACAGACCGCACAUUCAAUACACAGCCACCUCACAUACCAUGCAUCUGCCUCACAGACGGCACAUCAACAACACAGACCACACAUUGCCAACACAAAUCGCACAUCCAUGACACAGACCACAUAUUCACGUCACAGGCUGCACAUGUGUCACACAGACCACACAUGAGCAACACAGACAGCACAUCCACAACACCGAAAAUAUGUCAGCAACACAGGCCACAAAAUGGUGACACAGGCUGCGUAUUCACCUCAUAGGCAGUACAUGAAACCGCACAUCUGUGACACAUAUUGCACAUUCACCUCACAAACCGCACAUCCACCUCAAAGAUCGCACAUCAGUGACACAGACCACAUGCAUAGACCAACAGCCACCUCAUAGACUCCAAAUCCAUGGCACAGACUGCACAUCUGUGCUGGAGACCACAUAUUGGUGACAGACCGUGCAUCCACCUCACUGACUGCAAAUCCACUGCACAGACUGCACAUUAGCGACACAGGCUGCACAUCAAUGGCACAGACAGACAUAUCUGCUGCUUCAGUCUCCUGCAGGCACCACCAAUGGGGCGGUGAACCAAGCACACAGGAUCAUCAGUAUUAAUAAUCUCAUCAUAACCCUGUGUCAAAUGUUCUACUCAGAACAUCAAUUAUAUACAGGGCCACGACAGAAGACAGGUAAAGCUUAAUAUUUCUUAAUUGAUAUAAAGUGUGCAAAAUGAAAGAAUUUUCAUUCCUUAAGUCAGUUUCUUGGUACAGGGAUUCUGAGAAUAAUGUGCACAACUAGGACAUGUGACCCCAUCCGUAUUUUACAGUUUUUUCACUUGAUAUCAAACUUGCUUCCUGAAAGGUGCUUUGUGAUGGAGCAGCUGUUUCUCCCUGCAGCAUCCCCUCCUCCCUGCACCCCCCCCCCCCAAGGCUUGUGCGGUGCUGGACGCUCCAAUGCAAGAUUGCUGCUGCCGUCUCCCCCUGUUGCUACUCCUCCUUCCCCUCUGCUGGUUGCUAGGCAGCGGGCUCUUCCAUGCUGGAACUUGUCACCUCAUUGGCUGGAGCAGCUGCUUGCUGGGACCUGCUCAGCCUAUCAGGACUCCAGAUGAGUGCUCACAGCGGCCGGGCGAAGCUGCACUGUCCCUCGCUCUCCCAAGAAAGGAAAAGGAAGCAGAACAAACAGGAGCGUCCAUUCUCCCAUCCUGCAUCGGAGUAUGGGCCAGAGCGCCGGGGCCCCUCAGCGCUGGAGGGGAAGCCAGCAGGUUCCUGAUGGAUCCUCCCUUGAUUCUGUGAUGGGAUGUGCUGCUAUGUCCCAGGAAGAGCUCUCUGCUGCCUGACAAAAGCUCUCCAUCAAAGUGUCACUAAACACCACACGGCGUCCAUGCUGAUUGGUAAGCAAUUCUCAUUCAGGAGCUGAGUAGCCAGAGAUUGGACAUGGACGGGGCCUUGUAUGGGACUUAUGGCGAAGGCCCCCAGGGCAGAGAUGAGCCGUUUCCUCCCGCCUCCAGCAGCACCCUCCUGCAGGAGCAGGGUGACCGCCCCGUGGCCUGCCUGCCGGAGCUUCCCCAGACACCAUCGGGAUCUCCGGCAAUGGAGCCCCCCACUCGCUGGACACACCUCACAGAGUUCGAGCUGAAGGGUCUGAAGGCCUUGGUGGAGAAGCUGGAGUCCCUUCCAGAUGGGGGGAGACACCUUGCCCCAGGCCCCGAGGACCCGCAGGCCCUGCUGGAAGGCAUGACGAUGGUGCUGAAGGAGCAUGUGGAUGAUGGCUCUACCUUGGCCCACGCCGGCAUCCCCCCCAUGGGUUGGCCCGGCAAGCCACUCAAGCAGCAGAGGCCAGCCAAUCGGCCCAAGCCACCCAAAGUGGGCGUGGCAGGCACGGUCAAGCUGGCGGCAAGUCGGGGGCCGGCGGGGGCGCGGCGGCGCAGGACUCGGUGCCGCCGCUGCGAGGCCUGUCUGCGCACCGAAUGCGGCGAGUGCCACUUCUGCAAGGACAUGAAGAAGUUUGGUGGCCCGGGCCGCAUGAAGCAGUCCUGCAUCAUGAGGCAGUGCAUUGCACCCGUGCUACCCCACACUGCUGUGUGUCUGGUUUGCGGGGAGGCUGGCAAAGAGGACACGCUAGAUGAAGAAGAGGACAAGUUCAAUGUGAUGCUCAUGGAGUGCUCUAUCUGCAAUGAGAUUGUGCACCCCGCCUGCCUAGAGGUCAAAGAUGCCGGCGGUGUGGUCAAUGAUGAGCUUCCCAACUGCUGGGAGUGUCCCAAGUGCAGUCAUGCCGGGAAGACUGGGAAAGCUUGCAAGCAAAAAAGAGGACCAGGGUUCAAGUACGCGUCCAACCUGCCGGGCUCCCUGCUAAAGGAGCAGCGGCCGGGCAGGGACCCCAGGGAGGAGGGAGACCUGGCCACCCCUGCUGUCACCGUGGCAACUGUCGCUAGGAGGCAGCUCGAGGAGACGCCCAGGCACAGGCUCGAGGAGCAAGUUGCGAAGAAGCGGCCCGCGGUGCCCCCUGCAGACGGCCAGGCGUGGCCCAGACCAGAGGAUGACGCAUUGCAGAAGAAGCGCAAGCUGACUGACGACGACGACACCCCUGACCCCAACGGUGGGAAUAAGAGGAAGUCGCCAAAGCCUGACCAGCUGCUCACCAGCAUCAUCAAGAGAGAGCAGGACGAGGAAGGAGGGAGCAGGGAGUUGGGGUACCAGUGGAACUACGGGGAGGAGGAGGAGGAGGAGGAGGAGGAGAGGGAACAAGAGGCACAGGAAGGGACACGCCACACGGAGAAAGCCGAGGAGGAAGAACAGGAGGCAAGGCAAGGAGCACGCCACACGGAGGAAGCCCAGGAGGAGGAGGAGAGAGGCGGAGUGUUCCGGACGCCCUCAUGCGAAAGUGAUCUAUCACGCUGCAACUCCUCCCCGAGGGCAGGGCCCAGUGGUGAGGGUGGCCUGGAGCUCCAGGACAAGGCACGGGUGCGAGCACGAGCCAGGAGGCCAGUGCGGCUGCCCUGCAGGGAGCUGAGCAGGGAGCUCAGCAAGGAGCUCAAUCAGGAGAUCCAGAAGACGGAGGACUGCCUGGCCAAUGAGAGCCGACAGCCAGUCAAGGCAGAGCCUGACAGCGAGACCGACGAGCCCAAGCGGGUGGUUAGCAUGGCUGCCAUGGAAAUGGCUGGAGACUGGCUCCGGCCUUGUGAGCGUGAGACCAACGGUGCCCCCCUACGGGAGCCCCCCAUGCAGCCCACAGCAGGGGCAGGCCGGCGCCCCUUAGGGGUGCAGAUGGAACGGCACGUCAUCCGGCCACCCCCCAUUAGCCCCCCCCCAGACCGGCUGCCACUGGCAGACGGACACGCCCACAUUCUACGCCGUGAGCUCUGGAUGGCCAUCUUCAGCCACCUGAGCCACCAGCAGCUAUGCGUGUGCAUGCGCAUCUGCAAAACCUGGAACCGCUGGUGCUGUGACAAGCGUCUGUGGACCCAGAUCGAUCUGAAGCGCAGCAAGUCCAUCACCCCGCUGAUGCUGAGCGGAAUCAUCCGCAGGCAGCCUAUCUCUCUUGACCUGAGCUGGACCAACAUCUCAAAGAAGCAGCUGAGCUGGCUCAUCAACAGGCUCCCCGGUCUCCGGGUCUUGCUUCUGUCAGGUUGCUCCUGGGUAGCUGUUUCUGCCCUCUGCACCUCCAGCUGCCCCCUUCUGCGCACUCUGGAUGUGCAGUGGGUGGAGGGACUGAAGGACACCCAGAUGAGAGACCUGCUAUCACCCCCUACUGACAACAGGCCAGGGCAGCUGGAUGGCCGCAGCAAGCUGAGGAACGUGACAGACCUGCGGCUGGCGGGCCUGGACAUCACGGAUGCCUCGCUACGCCUCAUCAUGCGCCACAUGCCGCUGCUGGCCCGGCUGGACCUCAGCUACUGCAACCACAUCACGGACCAGUCGGUGAACAUCCUGACGGCAGUGGGCUCGACCACGCGGGACUCCCUCACUCAGAUUAACCUGUCAGUCUGUAACAGGGUCACAGACCAGUCGCUGAGCUUCUUCAAGCGCUGUGGGAGUAUCUGCCACAUCGACCUGCGCUUCUGCAAGCAGGUGACGCCGGAGGGCUGCCAGCGCUUCGCCGCAGAGAUGUCCGUCAGUGUGCAGUUCAGCCUUCUGGAGGACAAGCUGCUGCAGAAACUGAGCUAG